GCUUGCUCUUCGCUGUGUGUUCGGGCUUAGAGCCUUUUUAAAGCUGUCCAGCGGAGCCAGAGUGCCUUUUGUCUGCUGAUACGAUCAGUGGACGGUGCAUGAGAGAGUUUUUCUGUCAGCCUCUGUGCUUGCCGCUGCUGCUCUCAAGGAGACUUGGACAGGGCUAUCUGUUUCCCUCUAUUCUGCUGUGCUCCAACAGGGCAGACCGUUCACCAUGAAGGGCACAGGGCAAAGUAGAAGAUGUCUGCAGAUGCGUUUGGAGCCGGGGGCAGCGAUGCCCAGCAGACCUUGCAGUCCUUCUGGCCUCGUGUCAUGGAGGAGAUCAGGAACUUGACUGUGAAGGAUUUUCGCGUGCAGGAGUUGCCUCUGGCUCGAAUCAAGAAAAUCAUGAAGUUGGAUGAGGAUGUCAAGAUGAUCAGUGCAGAGGCUCCGGUCCUGUUUGCCAAAGCAGCUCAGAUCUUCAUCACAGAGCUCACCCUAAGAGCAUGGAUCCACACCGAGGACAACAAGAGACGCACAUUACAGAGGAAUGACAUUGCCAUGGCAAUAACAAAGUUUGACCAGUUUGACUUCCUGAUUGACAUCGUGCCCCGGGACGACCUAAAGCCCCCUAAACGACAGGAGGAAAUGCGUCAGUCAGUAGCUCCCGCAGAGCCGGUGCAGUACUACUUCACCUUGGCCCAACAGCCCGGAGCUGUACAGGUGCAGGGCACGCAGCAGGGACAGCAACCCGCCGCACAGACAGCUACGACCAUCCAGCCCGGACAGAUUAUCAUCGCACAGCCACAGCAAGGACAGAUGUUGCAAGGUGCCACCAUGCAGCAGUUACAGCAAGUGCAGGUGCAAUCACAGGGCACACCCAUCACGAGUGCGCCUGUCGCUAUGCAGGUGGGUGAGGGCCAGCAGGUGCAGAUUGUCCAGGCUGCUGCAGCUCAGGGUCAAGCUCAGACAGCUCAAGCCCAAGGCCAGACCAUGCAGGUCAUGCAGCAGAUCAUCACAAAUACAGGAGAGAUCCAGCAAAUCCCGGUGCAGCUAAAUACGGGCCAGCUACAAUACAUCCGUCUAGCCCAGCCAGUCUCUGGAGCGCAAGUGGUCCAAGGACAGAUUCAGACUCUUGCAAACACCCAGCAGAUCACACAGACAGAGGUUCAGCAAGGACAACAACAAUUCAACCAAUUUACUGACGGACAGCAGUUGUAUCAGAUACAACAGGUGACAAUGCCGGCAGGACAGGAGCUGACCCAGCCAAUGUUCAUCCAGUCCACCAACCAGACAGCUGAUGCACAGGUCACGCAGGUCAGCACUGACUGAGCCCAACCAGGAACCUUUCUCCACACACACAACAUGCAUACCAGCCCAUGUGAUGCCGUGAGAUGCCAUCGACUUCGAAAGGAUGCUUGAUAGCCUUGAUUUGAAGCACUGCUCAUUGAAACAAGGGACCUGAAAUCUUGUAACACUCAUUUUUUUGUAAUAAAUUUAGUACACUGGAUCAAAAACCAAAGGGACGCUGAUCGACUCUUUCACAAUCAUGCUGUGUUGCAUCCAUGCUUAGACAUAGUAUCAUUUUUGUAUUUCAGUCACAUCAUCCUGACAACAGUCCUUAAGCAGACCAACUCUAUUCUUCUUCCUAUCACGUGGCAAUUUUCAAAGAUUCUGAAAGCAUAAGAAAGUAUUUCUUUAUUCCCAGCACCUUACUUUCUGCUCUCCAUUUGGAAAUGAACUGGGAAAGUGUCCAUCUUUGUCUACGUGACCUUCUCUUGGCAUAUCUGUGGUUGAAGGGAGGCAUGGGAUUCUUCUUGGAAUAGAUGAAUUAUACAUUGACGGACGAAUCAAAGCCAUAUACCUCAGAUAUCACUUUUUACAGCGAGUCAAUCUAAGGGAUCUUGUGAAGAGGUUAUAAGGUUCAAUGAUAAUUUCAUGUUGUGUUGUUUUCCACAUUGACGAUGAAGCAUGACUUUAUGUUGUAAGGCCUUCGAGCUGUAUAGGUUAACUGUGUAUGUGAGAGUGUGUGUUGGCUUUUGAAGCACCCACGCUCGUCUUUACUCUUCUAUUUUAAUUCUUUCAUUCACUUUCUUUCUUUCCUUUAUCUUUAGAGCAGAGAAUCUCUUCUCUGUCUUAAUGCAGUUUCACAUAUCCCUGUCCAUCCGGGUAGUUUUGGAGUCUGGUGCCCUGGUUUAACUCUCAUGUACAAACACAUGACUCGGUCUGGAGCAAAAAACACCCUUUUUGUAGCGCUCUUUUUUUUCAAUACAAGUGUUUGUUUUGGUUCUAAAAUGAUGUUCGGCCUCAUAUCUUUCCCCCCAUUUUUUUUGUACAGUAAUGAUUAUUAUCAAUGUUCUUAUUAUUGUUGUUUUUGCAUGUAGUUCGAACUGCCAGCAUGACAUGCAAUAGAUAGGUACAAUUUUAUUUUUGACGUUCCUUUUUGUAAACAAACUUCGUUUGUUGGAAAAAAAAUAAAAACCAUAACUUGUCUAAGAA